CCCCGGGUCACCCAUGAGGCUGGAGGCCGCAGCCAGGAUGGAUCUGUUCAGGAAGCUGUGGAAGGCGAGGAAGCUGAUCGUCGUGGUGUUCAUCCCGCUGUCCCUGCUUCCCUUACCGCUCAUCCACCCCACCAGCGAGGCAUGCUGCGCGUACGUGCUGAUGGUGACGGCAGUCUACUGGGUGUCAGAGGCUGUUCCCUUGGGUGCUGCUGCUCUUGUCCCAGCCUUCCUCUACCCGCUCUUCGGGGUACUGAAGUCCAGCGAGGUGGCAGCUGAGUACUGUAAAGACACCACUCUGCUGUUGAUGGGAGUCAUCUGCCUGGCAGCCUCCAUAGAGAAGUGGAACCUGCACAAACGCAUCGCUCUGCGCAUGGUGAUGAUCGCAGGGGCCAAGCCUGGCAUGUUGGUGCUGGGCUUCAUGUGCUGCACAGUGUUUCUGUCCAUGUGGCUCAGCAACACGUCCACCACAGCCAUGGUGAUGCCCAUAGCUGAGGCCGUCCUGCAGCAGCUCAUCUGCACCGGUCUGGCCGACAGCCAUGACGACUCUGAAACCGUCGAGGCCCCCGAGGACGACAGCGCUGUUUCAGACAAAGAAGAGACCUUGAACAAGAACCAGUUAGAGCUGCUGUACCGCAACGACAGUGACUGCACUAAACAGGAGCUCUCCACGCUAAGCGAGGUACAGACUGCGGAGGUAAAUGGUUUGGGUCUGAGGCCAGUCUCAAACCACGGCUUCAUCAGGCACACCAAUGGACACCUGCCGCAGGUUGCAAUCGAAAUCCCAAACGUGAAGCGGGUCAGGGCCAGGAGGGACUCGCAGUAUCCCACCAAGAGGGAUCACAUGAUCUGUAAAUGCCUGUCGCUCAGCAUCACCUACGCUGCGACCAUCGGAGGACUCAUCACCAUCACCGGCACGUCGACCAACCUCAUCUUUGCUGAGCAGUUUAACACUCGUUAUCCAGACGCAAAGGUGAUCAACUUCGGCACGUGGUUCAUCUUCAGCUUCCCCAUCGCCAUCAUCAUGCUGGUCCUCACCUGGCUGUGGCUGCACUUCCUCUUCCUUGGCUGCAACUUCAGGGAAACAUGCUCGCUGAGUAAGAAACGCAAAACCAAGAGAGAGAUGCUGUCAGAGAGGAGGAUCCAUGAGGAGUACACAAAACUGGGACCUAUCAGUUACCCAGAGGUGGUGACCGGUGUUUUCUUCAUCCUGAUGACUCUGCUGUGGUUCACCAGAGAGCCAGGCUUCGUGCCCGGCUGGACGUCUCUCUUUGAAAAGAAAGGAUACAGGACUGAUGCGACAGUGUCUGUGCUUCUUGGCUUCCUGCUCUUCCUCAUCCCUGCCAGGCGACCCUUCUCCUCCUCCUCCCCCUCCAGCUGUAGAGACACAGAUGAUGAUUCAGAGUCCGACCCGCUGGCUCCCAUGAUCACCUGGAAGGACUUCCAGAGACUGAUGCCGUGGGAGAUUGUCAUCCUGGUGGGAGGAGGCUAUGCACUGGCCGCUGGAUGCAAGGUGUCAGGCCUGUCGGUGUGGAUCGGCAGACAGCUGGAGCCCAUGAGUGGUCUUCCUCCCUGGGCCGUCACCCUGCUGGCUUGCCUGCUGGUGUCAGCGGUCACUGAGUUCGCCUCUAACCCCGCAACACUCACCGUCUUCCUGCCCAUCUUGUCUGCGCUGUCUGAGACUCUGCACAUCAACCCCCUCCACACUUUGAUCCCGUCCACCAUGUGCGUGUCAUUCGGGGUCAUGCUUCCAGUCGGGAACCCCCCCAACGCCAUCGUCUUCAGUUACGGCCACGUGAAGAUCAGCGACAUGGUGAAGGCAGGCUUCGGGGUGAACCUGAUCGGCGUGGCGGUGGUAAUGUUGGCCAUAACCACGUGGGGCGUUCCCCUCUUCAACCUGACUGAGUUCCCAGCCUGGGCGGUGGCCAGGAAUGUCACCGGGAGCUUAUAACCACCGGUCCAAUGGGGCCAGUGGGAAGAAGACGGGAUGAAACAGUGAGAGACAGGAAGAGAGAGAGAGAGAGAGAGGGAGGGAGAGAGAGAUGGGGCAAAUGUUUUUGUGUGGAAAGACAACAUAUGGUGUGCCAAGAGGAUGGUCUCGCUCACAGUUUAGACUGGUUAGACUGGCCCUGAAGGAAGAAGAUGGAUGGAGGGAAGGAGGAGAAGAAGAGAAGAGAGAAAAAACAAUAUCUGAUGCUUAGAUUUGUUAGAAUUAUAUUUUUAUCCGCAACAAGGGGGCGUUAUAAGGAAUGUCUUUGUGAAACUGGCCACUGGAUGGAGCUGUGACCUCCAGCUUUUCUUUUUUUUUUACCUCCAUUAACGAAGUUUGAUGGAGACUCUGUUUUCACUGAAUCACUGAAGAGAUCACUAAAAGCUAUAAAUGUAUUUGAGGUGAUCAAGAACUGAUGUUUUUUUCUUGUUUUUGGAUUUAUGGAAAAAUGAUAAAAUGAUAAGUUAGGUUUUUAGAAGCUGCCUGGAAAGUGUUUUUAGGACCACAUCAUGCCUUCUCCUGUGGAUUAGUUGUGAUAGAAAUAAGCUACAUGGCCAUUGUGGACAAGCCUCUUUUUACUGCAUGCUUGUUGAAUUUCUGCUGCACUUAGAUGUAUUGCUCUUUAACCAGAUCGCAUACAUUGCAACAUGGUGGGCUGGUUUAUUUCCACUUUGAUUACACUUUACAGUGUAAAAGAAAAAAAGAAAAAAGAAAAAAAGAGCUGACUGCUGUAUGAAAACAAGAUAAAUGCAUGAAAAGAGGCUUUUACUGUGGCUGCUAAUGUACUGUAUCCAUAGAGCUACUUAUUAUCAAGUCUUUCAGAUGUACCCAGUAUCUAUAUGAUCUGUUUCUACGGAGAUAAAAGCUUAGUUACAAUGUGAAAGCUCACACACUGUCCAUGGAUGCUCCUAGCUGCUAUCUGCAUUGGUUUGGAAAUCUAGGCCUCUUAAUAUCUGACUGAUGUCUUUACCAAAGCUGAUUUUUGUGCCCUAUUAUGCUGUGAACAUGUUGAUAUUUGAUGGCCACAUUUACUCCAAGUACCUUGCAGUACAGCUAGGGCCUUUUACCAGAUGCCUAUACUACGUGGGAAUCCAACCUCCAACCCUGACAGUUUUAGCACCUUGCUGUAUCCUCUGAGCAGCGCAGGACCUCGGUUCACUACCGUUCACUUAUACCUGUUUUUACUGAGCUGUAUGCCUGCACUCAACUCCAGUACAAUAUCAAGAAUGUGUACUGUGCUGUAUGGAAGUUAGAGAAAGUCCGGGUUCGGUUGCCUAAUCACACUAUAAUGUAUUUUAUACUGACUUGAUUCUUUAGGAAGGCUUGAGAGAUUGGACACACUCCUGCCAUUAUUCUGUGUAUUCAGUAGGGGGCUUCUGACUCUACAAACAAGGCCCUCACUGUUCUCUCUGUAAUUACUUCUUUGUAUUCAGCCUGUUUGUCAGAUGCUGCUUUCCUGUCAUACUGAAUACAUCUGAAAACGUCAGAACGAGAUGAUGAAGUCAUGAAAUCUGAGAAAAUUCCUCUAGCUGAAGUCUUGGGUUGUGCCAGUGUAAUGAUUUUUAACCAUGAAAAUUAAGUUCUGUGUUAGUCAGCAGGCAGAAAGCACUUUAAAGGUCCAUAUUUUACACUUUUCCUGUGUUUGUAUUUGAAGUUUUGAUCCAUAAGAAGAUAUAUUUGUGGUAUAAAGAAUUAAAAACCAUCUCAGUGUAGUUUUACAUCUCCUCUCUCAGGCUUCUCUCUGGAGCUCUAGUAACAACAGGUCGGUCAGCCAAUGAGAAGAGAUUCUGAUUGGCUGACUGUUUUGGAGAGCAGAUUUGAGGUAAACAUCAGAGAAACCAAAUCCUGUGACAUCACAAAGUUACAGAAGUCCUGACGGCUCAUUUUAAGGCUCAGUUUCCGAACACAGGCUGUGUGAAUUUCUCUGUGGACUGAGCGCUUUGAUACUUUCACAGUAUUAAUAUAGAACCUAGACCUGCUUUAUAAUCAAAAAACAUAUGGAAAUCUACCUUUAUACUAUAUGGGACCUUUAAAAACCUUUAUCAAGUAUCAGUAGCUACAGUUAUUAUUACAAAAUAUAUAUAUAUACUGUAUACCUUUAUGAAAUGUAUUACUUUAGUGUGUUAAGCAACAGGAUGACCAUGUUUGGUCUUAAUUUGUCGUCAGCUUGGAGGUGUGAUUUUUCACUUGGCAUAUGAACAGAUGUGGGAAGCCACAGAGUCUCUGUCGGUUGUGAGUUAUUUUGAAUGCAGCAUCCAAAGCAUUUAAGAAAGAGAAGACGAGUGAGUGAGCACAGGGUCGUACGGUGCAGUAGUUUGUCCAAUCAACUGUCAAAUCACAGUAACUGUUGUCUGUCGGUGAAGAGGUUUGCACAUAACUUUCACUGUACUGUGCAAAAAAUUUAAAAGAUAUGCUUUAUAUUUUUACACAAAUUUUAAAUGUAAUUUGUGCCUUUUUUUAUAUCUCUACAUUAUGAAUAUAGGCCUUAGGCAGAAUCAGAAGCCUAUGUUUUACUUUUGUAAUUUAUUCAGUUCUACUGAAGGUCGAUGGUGUUGCAGCAGUGACCUUUGACCCAGGGGCCACACUUCUUUGUAAAUACAUACAGGUUUGUAAUAUAAAGAUAAUGUGCCUUUGCCUGUUUCCAAAUGAGCUGUAAUAUUCCUUAAUUAUGUGUUAUACCUUGAUGUUUCAUUCAUAAACAACUCAGAUACAGACUAGAGUUAGGAUGGUAAAACAUUGUACAUGUACAACAAUAAAACCACUAAAACUA